CGCCGUCUGUGCUGCUGUCGUGUGCAUCGGAUCCGCGGCGAACGGCCGUGUGCAGAGCGUGGUGCUGUCUGUGUUGUGGUUGUCGUCGCCGCCCGACGCGACGUGUCUCGGUCUCGCACGUCGCCGGAGCCAGUGGCUGGCGUGGCCGUGAUAGUGCCGGCAGUUCGCGAGUCGGCCGCCGCAGCGCUGCUCGCUCCACCGCUCGAUAAUUUAUUACCUAUUCAUCUUACUCGCGCCAAGUGAAUACGAUAUAGUGAUUGUGAGAUCAUACGUGCAAUAUAUGACUGUGAUAACCGGACAGCGCUACUUUGUGUCAUCGAUGAUUUCGGCCCGCUGAUGUAGUGUUUAUCUCGUAAACGACCGUACCACAGUGUGUUAUGCAACACUGCGAAAAUAUUUGAUAACCAGUUCGAUUCCCGUAGUUACCGCGAUGUCACCGGACGGCCAGGACGUCAAGGCGCAAUCGAAAGUGAAGAAGAAAUCGAAGGCGGCCGAUGCGCCAGUCAGUGCCGUGGUACCGAAGAAACGGAAGCUCCUGGAGUACAGUGAACAGGCGGAGGAUGCCGUGGUCAAAGAGGAGCCCGCUGAGGAAGCUACGAGCGAGCCGAAGUCGCCGAAGCCGAAAACAUUCCGAGAGGCCAAUUUGGAGAGAAUGUUGUUCCGUUGGUAUGAGAGAAGACAGACGAGCAUCAGUGACGACCCGGACUCCGGUUCAGGACCACCGGACGUUCUGAAGAAGGCUGCUCUUCUCUCGAAGCGUCUGGGGGCUUCUGAUGAGUUCACCAAGUCCUUGGACAAAGACUGGGUCCACCGUUGGUACGGCAAGUACGGGGUCGUGGAGGAGAUGCCGAGCACGUCAGCGGAGUCUCUGAAGGAAGUAAAAGUCGAGGUGGACACCGAUGACCCGUUGGCGGAAGUGCACGGUGGAGAGUAUACAGACGAUCAGAUCUACAGCGCCUUCGCCUUCCAAUUGGACUGGACCAGUUUACCGGACAAGACGUUAGAGGUGACAACUGAGGACCGAGUGUGGCUGUUAAUGGCAGGUAACAGAUCUGGCCGUCACAGGACAAGAAUGCUGAUCACCGGACGUCAGUGGAGGCCGAAGUGCCUCAGGAACGUGAACAUGCUGAGUCAACCCGUCGUGUACGCCGGCGGAGGAAUAGGGAUGCUCACCCCGGACCUGUUCACGUGGUGGUUCCACAGGGAGUUCGCCCCGGCAGCACUUUCUCUCAAUGACAGGGGAGCCGUCUUGGUCAUCGAACAAGCGGACUUCCUUCCUUCGGCGAGCGACUGCAUCGCUAAUGACGGCAAGGUCAAGUUGGUGAUUUACCGAAAAGGAGAGAACCCCUAUUCGGUAUACCCUGAUCAGAGUUUGGUGGCCGCUGAGCUCAGAACCCGCUACGCCAUGCUUCUUCUCCACGACAUAUCACUGGAGCAGCAGAGAUGGCUCUCGGUAUCCCAGUUCUUGGCGUCAUUUUCUCUGAAGGAUGCUUUCCCCAUGUUGCAUCGCGCUUGGUUGAACAUCCGCCCGGAGACAUUCAGCAGGUGUUGGGCUAUCGCCGCCGCAGUCGAACCUAACGUUGGAGGAUCCUUGUCGUUCGGAAAGUCGGCUUCGACUCCUCUCCAAGUGGAAGAAGACCGGAUGCUCCUGUUGGAGCUACAGUGGCUGGCUCAUGACCUGGGGUUGGAGGUGACUGACGAGGACCUCGCGAAUUGGGUGGGAACUCUUCCUGAACCGCCGGCAGACACCCUGGCCAUCAAACCGGAGCCGGUCGACGAGGAAGUGGAGGACACCUCCUCGGUCCCUACCGCCACCGAAGCCGCUACCUACCUUCAAAAGACCCUGGUUUGGAUGGAAUCGCAACCCAUUGAGCCCAACCUGCUGAUGGUAGUCAGGGACGUCAUGACGAUGGCCAAGCAGGCGAGCAAGAUGGGUCUGGGACCGACGCAUCCGGGAACGGGGCUUCCAUUCUUCUGCCACAACGGCGAUCACCUGACGCAGCCUCCACCCGCCCACAUGGGUAUCCCGCCCUACCAGCUGGACCCGAAGGGAGCGGGAUUGACAAGGCCGCCCAUCUACCCGUUCACUGCGGGACAGUACCCGUACCCCAUGCUGAGUCCGGAGAUGACGCAAGUCGCCGCCUCAUGGCAUGCGCCGAAUAUGUACCCGAUCUCAACGGCGAGUGCCGGCUUUAGAAGUCCAUACCCCACCUCGCUGCCCAUCACCAGCUCUAGCUUACCAAGCGACUUGUACAGGUUCUCGCCGAGCGGUCUGAUGGCGCCGCACCCCGGGCUCAGCCCGCACUCGCACCCCUCGCUUUCACACCCCGCUAUCGUCACCCCCGGACCCAAGCAGGAGCUGCAGUCCGACCACAACCACCGUUCUUCAAUGGAUCAUAAAAACUCGUCGUCACUCAACGAUGGCAAGUCACAAGAUUCAGGCCAUACGAGUAAUAACCAAGACAAAAAGAAGCCGCACAUCAAGAAGCCCCUGAAUGCCUUCAUGUUGUACAUGAAGGAGAUGAGGGCGAAGGUGGUAGCGGAGUGUACCUUGAAGGAGAGUGCAGCCAUCAACCAAAUCCUCGGUAGGCGGUGGCAUUCGUUAACGCGCGAGGAGCAGGCCAAGUAUUACGAGAAGGCGCGGCAGGAACGCCAACUGCACAUGGAAUUGUACCCGGGCUGGAGUGCCCGUGACAAUUAUGGCUACGGAGCGAAGAAGAAGAAGCGAAAGAAAGAGCGAGUUCCCAUCUCGGAUUCAGGAGGUAACUCGAUGAAGAAGUGCCGAGCGAGGUACGGUCUGGACCAGCAGAGCCAGUGGUGUAAGCCCUGCAGACGUAAGAAGAAAUGUAUCCGAUACAUGGAGUGUGGGGACGACGGGAACCAGUCAGAGGACAACCUGGGCAGCUGUGGAAGUGUGGGCGAUGCUCAGACACCUCCAGACGAUGAUGGGGAGUCGUUUCAGCACUCGCUGUCUUCUCCGGGCGGACUGAGCGGGCUGUCGAGUCUGACGAGCCCCAGCAUGGUCCUGCCGAGCCCUAAUGCCAGUCUGGCCAGCCCCAGCGUCAGCUUAGCAAGCCCUUGUAUGAGCCUGCAGAGUCCGCUGACGCCGCACCAGCUCGACUACGAGUGCUCCGGCAAGCCGCCUGCUCCCUCCUGCCUACCCCUCCUGCUCAACCACCACCUACAGGUCGUGCCUCCUCACAGAAACCCCGUCGGGACCAACCCCCACGACAUAAACAAUCCGUUAAGUGUUAACCAACUCACGGGGAAGUGUAUAAAAAACUCCAGCCCCAGUUCGGGCUCCAGUUCGGCAACGAGUUCGAGCAAAGACUCAAGCAGACCUGUUAUUAGUGUCACGUAGCGUUUGGAAAAAGAGCGGUAAUCCUGCGAUCCGUUCUUGUUCACGAACUGGAAGUGCGUAGCGCUGAGCUGGUCUCUCUGAAUCGCCUGCCGUUAGCGAAGACUGCAACGAGGCAUCUAGUCGGAGAAGAAUUUUGUUCCCUUCGCUAACGACUCACCCGAUAUGUUCAUCUGUUACCAUGUAAUUGUUUUAGGCUUCACUAUUUCUCAUUGAGUAAAAUGUCAUUAAACAUUCCUUGGACAGUCUAUGCGAUUCACAGUCCCCAGUUCUGCAUCAGUGCUGAAGUGUUGGUCCUCUGUGUGUGCUUGCUCGACUGUUCAACAUUUCUAUUAACAAAUUUUAGAUUUUAUGUUUAAAUAAUAAUAAUAAUAUUUAAUAUUUUUCUUUUCUAAAUUGUGUAGUUUACUCUUGGUAGUACACGCAUUAACUCUAAAUUGUAGAUUUUGGUUUUUCCUAAAUUGUCCAGCUGCAGUCUACACUUAGUGCAUUUUCAAUCUGAGAAUCUACUAAUUGCUAGUCGUCUUCUGGACGUUAUUCAACUGUGCUUACCAUAGCAAUCAGAAAGUUGUUACAUUAACAAGUGAUUAUGCUGAAGCAGUGGCUCGCACCAUAGACCCAACACCUGCUACCCGGCUCAUUGUAUCAUACGAACUGUGUGAUAGUAUGAAUGAAAGUGAUGUAGUUUCGUUGGUGUUAUACAUGUGUUGAGUGUUUCAUUAUAAGUAAACACUUUUUAAUCUAAAACGACUUUUUUUACUUUCACUAAUUGACUUGUUCAAAUCCAAACUAUAAGAAUACUCAGGUUUAUGUUAUGAAUUUUUUAUUACGUCGACUGCUAAAUUAAUUUUUUUCUCAGUGUUAAUUAUUGCCAUUCUAGUGUCUGUGCUCAUGCCCUGGAUCUCUGAGUGGGGGUUUAUGUUCCUGUUGACAUCAGUGGUCUAUUUUUAGAUUGAAAUAGUCAUCAUAUUUAUAUUUUUAUUACGUGAAAUAUAAUCAUCAGAAUAUGGAAGUAAGUUACAUUAUUACUUAACGUACUAUCAUGUUUGUUUGUUCUUUAAUCAGUAUUUUACCUUACAGUUGGUUGUUAUUUAUUUAUUGUAUUUGAGAUUUCUGAAGAUUUAAAGUAGGGUAAAACUAUAAUAUUAAAACAUAAUAUUUAUUUAUAAUAUGGCAAAAAUAAGAUGACUUUUUUUAACCUGAUACAGAUACUUCAAAAAAUAAUAUUCCUAUCUUCUGCUAUUGUGGAUGAUUAUACCAAAUUGCCCAAACUUCCUACUUUAAAUGUCUCUAAACCCUCUUGGAAAAAUCAAUAAUUAAAAAAUGUUAUGUCUUCAUGGAAGUUUUUUGUUAUUUAAAAACUUUAUUCACAGAAUCCAUAAGUAUGUAAUACUUCAUAAUACAUAUUGAUUUUAGUGAUUAAUAUAUUGUGUAACGAGACAAUAUGUUAUACUUAUUCAAUAAAAAUUAAACUAAAAUAUAAUUAAAGUAUAUUUUUUAAUUAAAAUAUAAUUUUUUUUUGUCAUAAAUGAAAACUAUAAUGUAACUUUAGAGGCCUAAAGAAAAAUUUCUUCUUGAAUAACUGCUUUAAUCAAAUCUUAAUAAUUGUAUUACUAAAUUUACAAAAUCAAGUUAACACAGAAACAUACACUACUUGCUCACUAUGUGAGGGUAAUUUUAAUAAAUACAAUUUGUCAUUUGUAUUUUGUGUUGUAUACAUACAUUCUUACUGGUGUAUAUGUAUCAGCAAGAACAUAAAAUAAAUCAGCUAAACUGAAUAUACUUACAUUUUUGCACAACAGAUAUCCCACAUUGUUGCUAAAAAGGGACAACAAUCUACUCCUACAAAUUAUUAAAAAAUUAAAACUAAAAAUAAUAUUGCUUAUCAACUGAACUAUAAAGAUAAAUUCUUUCAAAAAUAUGGGAGCAAGCAAAUGAGAAGCAUCUAUGUUACUACGCAUUACUAAAGUAUAAAUUAUCUCUAAUGUAAUUUACUUCCAGAAUUUUGAUGCCAAAUGGAGUCAUGACAACAUAGUCUUAAUUUAACAUUAAUGUAAUAAAUACUUGUUUGAAACCAAAUAGAAAUUUAUGAGAUAAAAAAAGGAAAUUGCUGGUUAAUUUUAUUUUAUUCCCUUUUACUUAGUCAAAACAGCUACAUCCUGAGCUAACCUUGUAUGCUUUUGGAAAACUCAUGUUUGCCCUUAGUAAGUAUAAAAAGAAAUUGUGUAUUUGAAAUAACCAAGUUGGUCAGAAAACGUAAACGUUGACUGUGAAUCAGUGACAAGUAAAUUCCCUGUGUGAUUAUUUUGUAUUGAUUUUUUUUUCUCAAAAUAUCUGGUUUAAUAUAAAUAUAAUAAUUUGCUCAAUUACAUAAGUUAUUUAACAAUUAAUAUUGUGGUAUUUAACACUUCCCUUGAGUUGAGCCUCUGUAAUGUUCCACUGUAAGUGUGUAACAGUAUACAUUAUAACUAUAGAAGUUGGUAAUCCCAAAUAUGUUUAAUCCAGCUGAACGUAUUUAGCUAUUAUAUUAACUGUCUGAUAAUGGACUAAGUCACUGUUGGUUCAGUAGUGAAUGUGUCACACUGUAACAAGAUAGUGUUGGAUUUUUUAGCUUUUCCCCAGUUUAAAAACCUUUGAGGCAAAUCAUUGCCACGUUUGUUGAAAACAUGGUUUCCAAAUCAUUACUCAAAACCAAAACUUGACCUUGAGUUAGCUCAGAUUGUAUUUGCUGAGAUUUAAAAUUAAUUGCCAUUUUUAGCAAAUUACCAUGACUGAAUGGUACCACAAACAUGUUAGUGUUGUAUUAUUUUCUAUAUGGGGACAAGUGUAAUAAUAUUAGUUUUAACAGAUGAUGCUUAUGUACAAAACUGAUUAGAGUAUGGUCAUGUAAUUGUAGCUUGUAGCACAGAUAAUUUAGAAAAUUUAAUAUUUUAAAUCAGUUAUGAGUUUGUGCAAUAAUGUAUGUAGAUUAUUUUUACAUGCAAUAAUUUUACACAUUUUAACUGUUGUUAUGCCGUCUGUUUUGUGUUAUUGAACAUAAUACAUAUUUUUAGUGUGGUAUGUAAAUCAUAAAUUGAUUUUCAAUUCUUCAUUUCGUUAUUAUUUUGUUUUUAAAAUGUAAAUGUGUUUUUUAAGCUCCAAGUUAUACAUACAUGAGUCAUAUUCUAUCUAAUCAAAAAUGUAUUGUUUUAUUGUUUUGUUACUAUAUGUUAUAGUCCGUUUUAUUCAUAAUAGUGUUGCUAUCGUUUAGCCUAUGUGAUUUACCGUUGUCUUUUGACUCAUUUGUUUUAUGCUCACUUUACGGUAUCAAUGUAAGUGAUUGUAUUAUUACUGAUUUCAUCCUAGACAUCGGAAGCUCUUGAAAGUCAUGCUGCAAGUGUCAUCUUUAUUUUUGUAUUUUUCCCAAACAUUAUGUAAUUAUUGUAGAAAUGUAUAGGAUUAAUUUUUAAAUGUGUUUUAAAACGAAGUGCCAAGAUGUUCUGUUAGCGAUAGACUCAUUUUGUAUCGGACAGAAGGGAGUACAGCACAGUUGUUUAUUUAAUUGUUCUACUUAAUUUGUGAUACUUUACCGACAUCAUGAUUCCCCCUCGUACGAAUUCCACCGAAUGUCAUUUGGCGUGUUCUUUAUAUUUUUAUAGUGUAUAUUUGUGUAUUUAUCUACGAUAAAGCAUUGGUUUUGUAGUUUGUAUCGAAGACGGAUGUUCCUUCAGACUCGUCUUGAAGGCAGUGUCUGAUAGACAACGUUGACAAAAUUCUUCUAUAUUAAUGUACUUAUUUGUUAAUAUGUUUCUAUAGUGUAAAUAAGUCUCAAGGGAUCAGACUGGAAAACCAAUCGCUGAAAGCUUUCUCCUAAGCUGGUGUAUUUAUAAAAUUUUAUUUGUUUUAAUACCUGUGUUAAAAGUGAGAUUCGUUUAUUUUAAAAUUAUUUAAAUAAAUUUUUAUACAAUUGUAGGCUUUAUAGUUGACAGUUGUACUAGUGACUGUGCCCUGCAGACAGCCAUUUUUGUUGGUGUUUUGUUAUUUACAUUUAGAAAUGAAAAAUACUGUAAGUCUCGUCUAAUUCAUUAUCUUUUUAUGUAUAAAUCUAUAUUAUGGAAAAGAGCAUUUUAGCCAUAUUAGUGUUGUCGAUCUUCCUGUACUAUAGACAACCUCAACAGCUGAUUUGUUGUACGUAAUACAGCGACGUCCACUCAUACAACCGUUCAUUCAGUUUUUGUCUUGGCUUCAUUUAUUUGCAAUAGGAAUCAUCAAUGAACCCAAUAUUUAUUAUACAUCGAACCGACAUAGUAAAGCAAUAGAACCAUAAUAAAGAUGUAUUGAUAUUGA